AUGAUGCAGGCUCGCUACUCCGUCUCCGACCCCAACGCCUUGGGAGUGGUGCCCUACUUGAGCGAGCAGAACUACUACCGGACCGCGGGGACUUACAGCAACAUGGCCAGCCCCAUGAGCGUCUAUUCGGGCCACCCUGAGCAGUACGCCGCCGGCAUGGGCCGCUCCUAUGGGCCUUACCAUCACCACCAGCCGGCGGCCCCCAAGGACCUGGUGAAGCCUCCCUACAGCUACAUCGCUCUCAUCACCAUGGCCAUCCAGAAUGCCCCGGACAAGAAGAUCACCCUGAAUGGGAUUUACCAGUUCAUCAUGGACCGGUUCCCCUUCUACAGGGAGAACAAGCAGGGCUGGCAGAACAGCAUACGCCACAACCUCUCCCUCAACGAGUGCUUCGUCAAGGUGCCGCGGGACGACAAGAAGCCCGGCAAGGGCAGCUACUGGACCCUGGACCCGGACUCCUACAACAUGUUCGAGAACGGCAGCUUCCUGCGCCGCCGCCGGCGCUUCAAGAAGAAAGACGUGCCCAAGGAGAAGGAGGAGAGGCAGCCCAAGGAGCAGCCCAAGGCGCCGGGCGUCUCCAGCCCGGACAUCGCCAAGGAGGCCUCCGAGAAGAAGGUGGUCAUCAAGAGCGAGGCCUCCUCGCCAGACCUGCCGGUCAUCACCAAGGUGGAGACGCUGAGCCCGGGCAGCGGCAGCCCCCGGAGUGUGGCCUCCACCCCGUCGGUGUCCACCGAGAGCUCCCUCCCGGAGCACCACCCGGCCGGCAACGGGCUGUCGGGCUUCAGCGUGGAGAACAUCAUGACCCUGCGGACUUCUCCCCCGGGGGAGCUGAGCCCCGGGAGCGCCGCCUCCGGCCGGACAGGGGCAGGGCUGGUGGCUUCGCUGCCGCUGGGCUACCCCCAGGCGCAGCCCUCCAUCUACAGCCAGGCGUGCGGCCAGAGCAUGGACACGAGCGGGAGCUACCAAUGCAGCAUGCGGGCCAUGAGCCUGUACACCGGGGACAGGGCGGGCCACAUGUGCGUCCCCACCACGCUGGAAGAAGCCAUCUCGGAGCAUCCCAACGGCACCUCUUCGCCUCUGGCCACCAUGAACCUGGCCUCCAGCCAGGAGAGCGCGCUGACCCCCAGCCACCCGCAUCCCAGCGGCGGGCCCGGGCAGCCGGCAGCCUCCUGGUACCUCAACCACAGCAGCGAGCUCAACCACCUCUCCGGGCACACGUUCGGCUCCCAGCAGCAGACUUUUCCGACCGUCCGGGACAUGUUCAACUCUCACCGGCUGGGGAUUGAGAGCUCGACCCUCAACGAGCAUCAGGUGAGCGGCAACACAAGCUGUCAGAUCCCCUAUAGAUCCACGCCCUCCAUAUACCGCCACGCCACCCCCUAUUCCUAUGACUGCACUAAGUAUUGA